CCGCCAGCAAUCUGCACCCAACCCGCGGAUCUCACAUCUUUUGGACCACACCAAGCCAGACCUGCGUCGGCCUGCUUUUGUCGGUCACAGCUCUCCAUCCAUUCGCCUGUCCAGGGCCAGGGCCGCAGUCAAUCUGGACCAUAAACAAAGCGUUGCCCCAUCGACCGCGCAGCUCAUCUGCUCGCCUUCGUGACCGCCAAUUCGACGACGCCUGGCCAGCUCCGCCCGCUUACCCUUUUGGUUGGGACCCUACUGGCGGAGCGAAGAGCCGUGAUGGGAAGCGACCGAAGCUGCUGUGAUUGCCAUGGCAACGGCGCCUCGCCGGUGGUAGGUCUCAUACCGAGCACCUGUGCCAUACCACCACACGAGUCGAGCAAUCGCUAGCAGCCGGGCAUGCGAUCAAUAAUACCAGGUCGUUCCAUCAUGGGCUCCUUGUUUGCCUGCCAGGCUGCCUGUGGUGCUGGCGUCGUCGCACCGACAGCUUGGACGUUGGGUCAGCCACGAACCGGGUGGUGGUUAUUGGGCAGCGAACUAGCACUCAGAGAACCCGACGAGAAUACGAGUCUAGCAGCGUUAUCGUACUAGGUUCGCAGUCGUUGUACAAGCAAGUAAUGCUAGUGAUGGUACUCCAUACAGUAGGUAGUAGUUCUGACACGGGCUCCAGUCCAGACUCGUCCCAGGGUCUUUGCC